UUGGAUGACGACUGAUAGUGAAGUAUCAUUAAUGUAUUCAUCGCAAGUUCGUAGUCCUGAAACACCUAGCAAAUCUUUGAUGGGUGAUUGUUCUGUAACAUUUUCACCCCCUUCAAUUAUCAAAGAAGCAAUGCUGGACGCACAUUUGCCUUCUGAUUUAAAUAAUGCUUUUAUUGUUCCAGCCCCAUCAAAUAAGCGUAAGAGAAGAAGAAAAGAUGACCAUACUCCAAGAAAAUUUGAUUUUAACAUGGCUUUCUGCAAAUGGGGUCAAGUUACCUUUGGAAGAACCAGUGAUCAACUGGAACUUACAGAAAGAGCACGUAGCUGGGUAACUUCACUUCGUCCAAGAUGUUUGAAUUUAUGAACAUAUAGUGUA